AUGAAAAAGAUAGCAGGAAGUUUGUUUGAUUAUUAAUCUGCAGGUCAAGGAUAUUUGCUGAAAUUUAUUCAAACAUUGAAAGAAACAUAGUAGAACAAUAUUAUACAUAAAUUACAGAAAUACGAUAUAAAAUAAUUGUAUUAAGUAAAGUGUGUUUAUAAGUUAGGUUUAUCAAUAAUUCAAAGCAAAGAUAAUAUAGACAACACCAUAUGAGCCAAUAAGAUGUUUGGAAUUUGAAGAAAAAGACGAAGAGAUAGGAUAUACAACAAUAGCAGAGGGCAAACGUAUACGGCAAUCCUCACUAUUUAGUGGCAAUCGUAUUGAGUGCUUAGCAAAACAUUUGUUUGUUAGACAUCCAGUUACCUUCACAUAAGAGUUUGUUUCAAUUGUAUUUUGAACGAAUAUGGAGUCUUUAGAAUGUUGUCAAAUUACGUUGUGGAAAGUGUUUACCAAUAUUGAUAUUUAUUAUGACCACCAAUGUUAAUCAUGAAAUGAUUACAAAUUAUUUUUCAGAGAAAAAUUAUUUCGGUUUGUAAGAAGAUCAGAUCUUCUUUUUUUAAUAAGAUAAAUUACCAUUAUUUAGUAUGGAAGGGUAAAUUCUAUUAAAUGAUGAAUGUUAAAUUUAAGAUGAAUCUAUUGGGAAUGGAUAUAUCUAUUUAAAUCAAUCAGUUUUAGAUACUAUGAAAUUUUUGGGUAUUACAAUACUUCAUUUAUGUUCUAUGGAAAAUGUAUUAUGUAAAUUUGGUGAUCCUAUUUGGAUUGGUGCCUUUAUUAGAAAUUAAUUAUAUUUGAGUGCCAAAUGUGUAUAGAAACGUAGUGUUGAUGAAAAUCUUGGAAUCAUUAUUAAUUAACUUAAUUAAGGAUUAUAAUAUAAAGGUAUAUUAUUUAUAUAUAUCUAUCUAAAGAAUUUGAUGAAAUAUCUUAUAAUGAUUUAGUAAAAAAAGAUAAAAAUGGAAGUUUAUCCAAUCCUGAUGGAGUUAUUGGUUAAAUUAUGUGUUCACUCAAUUAUGCCUUAGAACUUUCUUGCAAUUUUAAAAAACAUAUUUUGUCUAAGUAGAGAUUUACAAUCAAACUAGUUUACAUAUUCGAUAAAAGAAAUGUACAUAUUUUGAUUACAUAACUUCCAGAUUAAUCAAACCUUUAUCAAAACCUAAUGCUCUUAAAUUCGAAUUAACAUACUAUGAAGCUGUUCCUUAUUGUCCUAUAUAAUAAUUUGCAUUAUUUAGAAUCAAAAGAGAAUAUGAAUAUGCUUCUAUCAUUGAUCCUUCAAAUGAAAUUAAAGAUACUGUUCACACAGCACGCCAAGCUUAUAUGCGUAGAGAUUAAAAAUGGCUCUCUCAAUUAGGAUAUUAAAUUAAUUCAGAAUUUGAGAUCUCACCUAAAUUAACUUAUUUUGGAGAAGGAUUAGAGGAAGUUACUAAAAAAUAGAUGAAAAAUAAAUCAUCAAUUCCUCUUAUUCUUCAUAGUGAUAAAUAAAUAAGAUCUGUUAGAGUUAAUAGUGUUCAUAAUUAAUAAUAACCUUAAACAUCACCUAACAAAUACUCUUCAUCAAUUGUUAAUUCAUAAAGUUUCUUAUAACCAAAAAUUAGUAUUCAUUAAAGUUUGAAUCAUCUGAAAUAACCUAUCACUAAUUCAUUAGUUACACCAACUAAUAAUUAAAGUUUUUAACUUUCCGGAAGAAAAAAUUUAGAUUAGAAAACAAAUCGAUAAACUGAUUAUUAUCAAAGACCUAAUCAAAAUUAAUUAAAUUAACCUUAUUAUUAUGUACCUAAUACAUAUUAUUAACCAAAAAAAUGA